UUAUAGCUGCGAGCCGGAGCACUAGGGCUAAGUUGAAUGCAGGGUGAUGCCGCGGUCGCCUGUGGGAGUGGCAGGAGGGGAGGGGCACGCAGCUGCCGCCGCCCCCUCUCCCACCCCGAGUCACCUUAGCGGGUGAAGAGGUCUCCCGCCCCAGUCCUGGACCAUCCAAGCCAUGUUGCCCGCGGCUUGGCUGGUCAAAGGUACAGCCUGUGGGUGGGGGCUCCUGAGGAGCGCAAGUCCCGCACGACCUGUUAAGGGCACCGUAGCAGUUGCAAGAGUAGCGGGCAGCGCGCGCCGCAGCCUCCCUCGAGCGGUGCUCGCGGCCUCCUCGUCGAGCGGCCUCGCCGCGGCUCCUUCCACAUCCUCCUCGCCCUGCCCGGAGCGCCGCGGACUACUGCGCCUGCGCCCGCCCAGCUCCGAGCGGCUGGUUUCUUUAGCCUGGAGCCCCUCUUUCUCCUGCUCCUUCCGUGGGCCGGGACAUUCGCGCCGCUCGCGCACCAGCUAUGGGGGCGGCCCUCGGCGGCCCGCAGCGUCUUCGGAGUCUGGCGCUGAGGCAGCGAGGCCCCGCGGAUACACUGAACUGUAUGAAAACCCCUGGACAGUCCCUAACUUACUCUCAAUAGCAAGAAUUGGCCUGGCACCAGUUUUGGGCUAUUUGAUUGUUGAAGAAGACUUUAAUAUUGCAUUGGGUGUGUUUGCUCUGGCUGGUGUAACAGAUUUGUUGGAUGGCUUUAUUGCACGAAAUUGGGCCAACCAAAAAUCUGCUUUGGGGAGUGCCCUGGAUCCUCUGGCUGAUAAAAUUCUUAUCAGUAUCCUGUACAUUAGCCUGACUUGUGCAAAUCUUAUUCCAGUUCCUCUUACAUCUAUGAUAAUUUUAAGGGAUGUUGCAUUAAUUGCUGCUGUUUUUUAUGUACGCUACAAAACUCUUCCUCCACCAAGAACACUUGGUAGAUAUUUCAAUCCAUGUUAUGCCACUGCUCAGUUAAAGCCAACAUUCAUCAGCAAGAUGAACACGGUAGUACAACUCAUCUUAGUGGCUGCUUCUUUAGCAGCUCCAGUUUUCAAUUAUGUGGACAGUAUGUAUCUUCAGACUUUAUGGUGCAUCACGGCUUUCACAACAACAGCAUCUGCUUACAGCUACUACCAUUACGGCCGAAAAACAGUUCAGGUGCUAAAUAGUAAAUGAAGGCUUGCAGACUGGGUUGCUCACCUCCUACUCUGUUCCUGUUGGGACAGUAUUGACUUAAUUUUGUUUGGACUAUGAAUAAAGAACUUUUCUUUCGAUAGCUUUGCCUCAGUGGAAACCAUGUCUUCACAGUGAAGCUAAUUUGAAGUUAAAAUGAAGUUUUGAUCAUGUAAAUAUGCAGAAUUUUCAAUGUAAUUUUUCAAUUUGUUACAAAUGAAAUAUAAUUUUUUACCUUUAUGCACUGAUACCUUUGCAGAGAUCAUCACCUGCUGUCAGAUGGUUUUGCUCAUUGCUUUUAAGAAGUUUGCACUUGUUUUGGGAAUUGCUGCACUACACUCUUUGAUGCAUCUGAAUUGAAAUAGAUAUUAAGGUUAACUCAGCAUAGCACAGCACAAUUCAGUUUCAGUGUGUCUUGGAUGUGGGCAAUUUGUUGAGACAGCAUGUUGAUGUAACAAGACAGGAAGGGAAGCCUCCAUCUUAACUACUUUGAACAUCAUAGUUGUUAGCUAUAUGUCUUCCUGAUGAUCUGCCUGCACUGUUGCGAAAAACAUUUAAAAUUAAACCUUGAACACCUUUUUCAAUAACCUAAUCCUAGGACUUGCUGUGCUACCAUGUUAAUGUUUAGGAAGGGGCAUCCACAUCAAAAACACACGAUACAUUGGGAUGUGUACUAACAUUGUAGCCAUGCUGCGCUAGUAUGCUGGUGCAAAUGUUGAGAAUCACAUUGUUGACUUGCCAAGGCAACCCUGAGCCUUUGUAUUAGGACAAGAUAAAUGUUCAUAAAUUAGCCAUAAUGUUAAAUGUGUUGAAACGAGGAAAAAGCUACUGAAGCUUAGUGCAUAAGAAACUGCUAUGAACCCAGCUGGUGCAUUACCUCUUGGUAUGAGCUCAACUUCAAGCUUCCAUCUGAAGCGUGGGGAUAACAUUUAUCUUGCAAGCUUAAUGUAAGGUUUGCAACAAAAUAUGUGAAGCAUUGUGGGCGCUAUAUAAAUUUGAAGUAUUGUUCUCAGCAUGGGGAUCCCAGUGGCCUGUCUGUGAACAAUCUUGAUGUCUCAGUCCUAAAACCUAUUCACAGAUCUAGGUUAAGAUUUGGGCUUAAGUCCUCCAGUGUAUAUUUGAGCCUUACAAAUGAGGUGCCAAUUAUCAUUUUUCUCUGGGGCGUUUCCUAAACUUACCUAAUACAGAAUAUUGUAUAAACCAUUGUUUGUAAGUAGAAGAUAAGACAAAUGGAUGUUUAUGAAGUAGUGGAUGUUUUUGGAGGCAUCGCCUCUGGUAACUUGUAUUAUACCAGAGUAUGGUUGCCCAAAUUCAACAACUCUUCUUUCUCAUAACACAAGAAAAUUAAGGUAAUAAAGUCAGAACUAAGAAAGGAUUUAAUACAAUGUGGUUAAUUUAUAGGACGUUGAGAAGUAAACUGAUAGAAAAGCUUGAAGGGAUUAGAGAGAUCCUGGCCAACUGACGAUUAGGGAAUACAAACCUUAUGUUCAGGUUUGUGUUAAAACCUCGGCUUUUUAUAGAAGUUAAUGAUAAAAUUCUGAGCAGUGUCAACGGUGAUCUCUAUGACUUCUGUAGUUCAGGCAGCCAAGUAUUCUGUAACAUCAGCUCUUGCCAUGAGUCAGUAUGUUCUUUUAAUUGAAUUGUAGGAGGCAGUUUUUAAAUUUCCUAUUUAACAUUUCAUCCAACAUGGAGUAUUAAAGAUGGACUGUCAGAGGACAGUGUGUCUGUAGGCAUAUGGCAUGCUUUGCAUGUAGUGAGCAAGGUAAAAGGAUUUAAUAAGCUGCAGAAAACUUGUGCAUGUCAGGAUAUGCUGCUAUCUCACCAGAAGUGAAUUUAAUGUGGAAUCAAAGGUUUAAUAGAGUGGAGGAAGUUGGAAUUAUUUUAUGUAUAAAAACAAUUUUAAUACAUUUUAUAUAUUUAAACUUGUAUAAAGAGGGUAUGUUGAAAAGAGCUUUCAUAGUUUAUGUAACCUCAGAAUACUGCAAUCCAAUUGUGCUGCAGUGUAAAAAAAGAGAAGCUUUAGUAAAAAGCUGUGAAAGAUUUUCCCCUCACAGUUUAUCAAGACAAAUUAGAAUACGAUAUACUGUAGAAGCACUCAGGAACAGACUUUCAACUGGACAAGAACAGAUAUCGCAUAUCUAAAUGUUUAAGAGAAUUGACCUAUGAACUGAUGUGAAGGAUUGUCCAUAGUCAGUGCCUCUGCACUUUCAAAAUAAAUAUUUUCAGUGAUUUAA